AUGAAUGGAAAUUUGAACAUGAUAAAUAUUCCUACUAACAUGGCGACGAAUAAAAAUGCUUUUAAAAAUGGGCAACAGCAGAAUAUAUCCAUGGUCAACCAAGGUUUAAAUACUGGCCUACAUGCCCUGCCCACUGGACAGCUGCUGCAACAAUCUCAAGUGCAGCAGCAGCAGCGACAACCUAGAGCUAAUCAAGAUUGGGCGCAACCGCCUCAGACAUUUAACCAAAAUGCUGGACCGAUGUCCUUUUCUCAAGACCAGGCUUUCUCUCCUACUAACCUUGUACCUAAUUCCAUGAAUGGUCAAAUGGGUAAUAUGGUUCGCAUGAGUCAGCCACAGCUUUUAGCACAACAGAUGCAAAGCCAACAACAAAGCCAGCAACAAAGACCAGCAAUGCUGCGAGCUGCUACCUUUCAGCAAAUUAGCCCAAAUGCUCCUCAGUAUGCUAGCAGCAAGUUCCACGCGGGUAAUGCUGCAGUUUCUGCCCCUAAUUCUGCUCCUUUGCCCAGUUCUGGAAAUCCCACUAUGGGCUCCAGAAAUGGAACUCCUCGCAUUGCAAGUAGACCACACCCCGGUCCGUUGACACCCCAAAUCCAGGGACAACUUCAUAAUGGGACAGUAAUGCAAAGGGCCAUGCCUCAGCAGCAGCCAACCCCUCAGAUCCCUCCACAUCCUGCGCCACCACUUCCUCACCAACAACACAAGAGCAUACUGAUAGCCCAAAUUCCUUUAUCUGGUCAAACUCAACCCAUGAUGCAGGGCCAGCCAGUUGGACCUAAUGUGGCUUUCGGUAAAUCUCCUGAUCAGGGUCAACUUCAAAAUGAGUUGAACUCAAAAAUUUUCAAAAGAAACUUGGGAAACGCUGCUGCUAUGCGAAUCUUGGAGUUAGUAGACUAUAUUUCGCAGGAAUCCAUAGAAAACUUGUCUAAUAUUGAUUAUUGGACUAGAAUUAUAAAACUCCAUACAUUACCGACUUUUAUCUUUAGGUUCAUGACAGCUCCUUCUGUGAAAGAGCUGAACUUAAGUAGUCAUGACUUCCUCCAUGGAUUCAGUAGCUCAUUGAAUGAAAUGCUGGAUUAUAACAUGGAAGGUGACAUUGGUUCUGUUGAAGGGUUGGAACACACCAAAAGUAAAUCAUCAAGGCAGUACGAAUUGAAUACUGUGACGACCCCAAGAUUUCUUCUUGCUAACAUUUUAGAGGGUAACUUAGCGAAGUUUCAGUUAAGCUUCCUGGGCCUAAAGUUUCAAGUAUUGAAUAAUGGGUCUACUUUAAUCUUCGGAACUGUGACCUCACAUUAUAGCUAUAGAGAUGGAUCAAUAUCUCAUGUAACUGGAAAUUGCAAAAUAUUACUAAGUAGAGAAUUCAAAAUUGAGUGGAUAGAUUAUCGAUGUUUAAACAAUAAGGAAUCAGUCAGUUUUGAUAGUCUUGAACGUCAUUGGAAGACUUUCAAAGAAUAUCACCAAAAUGACUUUAAUGACCCUUCCAAAGAUUUUCUUGAACACCUAUAUGGACAAUUUGAAGCUUUGAAAACCAGUCAGAACUCAGGUAUUAAUCAAAAUGCAAUGAGAAUAAUGCAGAUUAGUGACCAUAUGCUGCACUUAACAUCUUUGAUGAAUUUUUCUGUGAUGAACAACAUUAACUCGCCCUUAAGGGCCCUAGAGCUAUACUUCAGUAAUAGUAAUAAUGAUCAUACUAAUAAUGUGAUGCCUCAGAAUAAUGUCUCGACUUCUGCGUCUCCGCUUUCUCCAAAGAAAGGAGAAGAUCAAAUGAUGGCAGGUAGGAAAAGAGGCUCGGUAGUAAGUAUGGCAGGAAGUACACCAAUGGCGACAGAUACUAUGAAUGGAACAAAUAAGCGCAGGAAGUGA